AUGCAGUGCUCUUGUGGCGUGCAAGCCUCUCGGAAUGUAGUGAAAAAACCAGGACCAAACCAUGGACGAACAUUCUUUUCCUGUUCAACUCGGACGUGUAAAUUUUUCAAGUGGGGAAGUGGUUACGAGGACGCUUCCUCUUCUCAAAAUUCAUCAUCCAAUAGUCAAGAAAUUAAUAGUAAUGCGAAUAAUCAAUCAAGACAAAAUUUUCAACAUGCUCCGAGAAGUAGCGCAGAGUCAUCAUCACAGCAAGAUAACAGGACGAGGAGUCAAAAUAGUAGAGGUGCUUCUGUUCUCUCAAUUCCAAAGUGCAAGCAUGGAUUAGAUGCAAUUCUGUUAAAGGUGAAAAAGGAAGGACCGAAUCAAAACAAGUUGUUUUGGUCGUGUACUGAUCAAAAUGAUUCCUGUAAAUUUUUCGAGUGGUUUAAAGGUCAUCAACCUGACUAUGAGCAUUUAAUUAAUGUCAAUCCCAACAAGAAAAACAAUGACUUAACAACCAACGACGAAAAAGAUCCAAAAAAAUCAAAAAUUGAAAUGGAAAUUUGUACAUUAGAAAUGAAUGACAAUAACGAAUUUUCAAUGCGACAAUUUGAUACAGAUGAUACCAUUGAUGAAGACAUGCAAUCUAAGCAUAUGCAAAACUCAAUUGCUCUCAGACUCAUUGUGCCAAUAACUGCUCUUUCAACACUUAAAACACUUCUAUCUCAAUACAAGUGCUUAAAUCAAAAAGAAGAAAAAAAAGAAGAGGACGAAGAAUCAAACGCCAGAGUGACGAAUUUAUUUUAUGACUACACAAAUUACAAAUCAAUUUUAACAACUCUCAAGAACACAAACGAAAUAUCUUCCAAGUUCAAUAUUAUAGAGAUUCCUUCCUUCGUACAAAAACUGAUCGAAAAGUACCAAAACUUGAACAAACAAAAUAAUUCCAUAGACACAUGGGAAGGCAUUCCUCAAAAGCUUCAAGAGGCAUUACUGCCAUUCCAGAAAGCUGGUGUAGAAUUUGGAAUUAAGCGUCAGGGAAGAAUAAUGAUUGCUGAUGAAAUGGGUCUCGGUAAAACUAUUCAAUGUAUCGCGAUUGCAUGUCAUUUUUCGAAUGAAUGGCCGCUUUGGAUUGUUUGUCCAGGCUCACUUAAGGCAAAUUGGAAAAAAGAAAUACUCAAGUGGAUUGGCGGCAAUAGGUUGUGUAUUAAUGGGAGGGAAGAAUUGAUAACAUCUAGCCAAAUUAAUGUCAUUGAUAAUUCCAAUCAAAUUGAUGACGGAACAUCUGUUAUCAAUAUCAUAUCCUACGAUUUACUUGCCAAAGAUAACGUUAUAUCUAUAGUCGAAAACGAGUUUAAGGAAAACAAAAAUGGUAUGAUCAUUUGUGAUGAGUCUCAUUUACUGAAAAGCUUAUCAAGCAAGCGUUCACAAAACCUUGUUCCCUUGAUAGAGAGGGCUAAAAGAGUGAUUUUGGCUAGCGGUACAAGCUGCAUGUCUAGGCCGAUUGAACUUUACAGUCAAAUUAAGGCCAUUUUACCUGAUCACAAGAUUACCAAGCUGGAUUUUGGAUACAGAUAUUGUGGACUACAUCAACAACCUAGAAAUGAUUUGGAUUAUAAGGGUUCAAGCCGUCUUUCUGAGUUAUUUUGUCUUCUCUCGAACACAAUUAUGAUAAGAAGACUCAAACGAGACGUACUUAGCGAUUUACCACCAAAGAAAAGGACAAAAUAUUAUUUGCAGGUUAAAGAGGAACAUUUAAACAAGCUAAGCUCCAUUGGAGAGUCAAAUGGAAAACAAAAGAAAAGUUCAUAUUUUGGAAACGAUUGGCAAAAACUUCAGAGAGACAGAGACAUUGUUGCCAAGUACAUGAAAACAGCCGAAGCUAAAAUAGAAGGCAUCAAGCAGUACCUUCGAAAAUUAAUACCAAGACGUGAGAAGUUUUUAAUUUUUGCACAUCACCGAUGCAUGAUGGAUGCUAUUGAAGAGACGGUUAAAAUAGAGCUCGCAAAGCUAUCCAAGACAUUUUCGUCUCAGGUCAGUGAUGAUAUUUUAGACGCAGAUCCUUUUAAAGAAGACAAACGAUCUGACUCUCUUUCCAAGAAAUCGAGUUUUGACGAUGUUAUCGAUAUAGAUUUGCAAGAUGAAGACCUUGGACGAUUUUAUGUGGAGUUUGUUGACAAAGAAAGCAGAUAUUACGAUCUAGCUCUAAAUGGUCAAAAAGAAGAGAAAUCUACACAUUUGACAAGAAGUGUUGAGGAUAUUACCACUCCCAAGAAAAAAUCACUUACUUUUGGUAGCGGAUCGAUCGAGAAAUAUCUCAAACAAGUAUCAUCAGAGACCGCAACCUCUACAUCACCGAAUAAUACAUCUCCACCAUCCUAUCCCAGUCAUGAUGUUUCAGAACAAGAUAGCGAUGAUGUUAUGGAAAUCACUGCAGUGAUUGAUCAACCUUUAUCGAAAAGCAAAGCGUCACAAAAGCGUCCAAGUGCGCCUUCGAACAGCCACAAUAGCCCCAAAUCAAAAACUCAACCUUCUCCCAAAAAGAAGAAGCUGUCAUUUCCUCAACAGAAAAACACUCUCCUCUCCUAUUGUGGUGUCAGUACCUCUACCAAGACCGAUUGA